UUUAUUUGUUUACCGGGAUCCAUUGCGGGCACUGAAAUUGACUGAAUGGACAGUAAUGGGGCCGUUGUCCUUUUGGCGCCAAUUAUAAGAGGUGCUGAACUCAACAAUGAAGUUUAAAGCCUUUAGUGUGAUACUUUUUAAUGUUUUCCUCUGCUGUGGCAUUAUUAUCGUUGCAUGGCCUUGUAAAUACUUCUGUUUCGUUAAGUGGGUUUUAAUGGAGCCAUCAGUCAAAUCUCGCUUUUAUUAUAGAUGUUUAAUUAUUGAAUACUACUUUGUUUCCCUCCCUUUAGUUUACAGCCCUCUUUCCAAAGACCCUGUCUAACUAAUUACCAGUGGAUGUAGCUGUAGUAGUUUUUGCGGUGUAUACAAAUGAUCCAAAAGUUCAUCAUUGGGAAUACAUACAUAUGAUUAUUCUCUUUCUUUUUUUAACUUAUUAAUAUUAUUCCGUUGUUGUGUAAUUGGUCUGGUGAACACUUAAAACUCUUGAUUUAUGCGUGUGUGCUGUAUUUUGAUUCCAACUUUUUUUUUUUCUAAGACUUUUAAAUUAGUGUUUUUAUUUUGUUCGCUUGUGAGCACUAUUGUUUCACUCAGUAAUUUAUCUUAAAAAUGAAACAAGUUCACUUUAAAUGUCGUCCUCACUUAAUUACGUCUAUUUGGUACCAUUAGAAUAAGAGCAAAACCUGAAUGCUGGGCCGCCGACAACAAUAACAGUUAUCGUUAGCGCCACUCCCACCAUCAAAAUUUUAGUAAAAAUGACGAAACAUAUCCUGACAAAGCGUAACGCCACCGUUGUAUUCCUGGGGCUCAUCAUCUCAGGGAGAAAAACAUUCACAUGGACUCUGCUAAGGUCAGCGCUGUCGCUGAGUGGCUCAUGCCGAGUAGUCACGAGCUAGUUUAACAUAUCCUGGGUUUUGCUCUUUUCUGCAGAGGUUUGAUCGGGAACUUUUAGCACUGUUGCUGCCCCGCUGCAUGCCCUAAUCUCCCCCCGCAUCAGGUUUCAGUGGUCUCCCAAGGCUGAUCAGGCUUUCCGGAGGUUGAGGGAGGGCUUCGCCUCGGCGCCCAUCCUCACUCUUCCAGAUCCCAGUCACCACUCGUUGUGGCGGUGGAUGCCGCGGACGUAGGCAUUGGGGCUGUCCUCUCCAAGCGGACUCUGAUGGAUAACAAGCUCGAUCCCUGCACCUUUCCUUUCCUUUUCUCUCCUGCCAAGAGUAAUUAUGACAUGAGGAACAGGGAGCUGCUGGCUGUCAAGGUGGCUUUGGAGGCGUGGUGCCGGUGGGUGGAGGGAGUUUAGCAAUCUUUCUCGGUUUGGACUGACCGUAAAGACUUGGAGUACAUCCAGCAGCUGGUGCAUCCGAGCGGCUCCGUGCCAGACAAAUCAGGGGGGCCAUUUUCUUUAAUAGAUUCAACUUUUCCCUGUCUUACCAUCCUGGUUCCCUGAACAUUAAGCCAGAUGCCUUGUCUCGCCUGUUUGAUCCUGACUCAGACCCAAGGUCUCCCGCCAGCAACCUGCACUCUUCCUGUGUGAUGGGGGCUGUCACAUGGGGCAUUGAGGAAAGGGUCAGACAGGCACACGUUAAUAUCCACGUGCAGCUGUCCCUCAAACCGGUUGUUUGUCCCUGCCGCUCAGUGUUCUCAGGUCAUCCAUUGGGCCCACAGGUCCUUUCUCACCUGUCACCCCCGGAGUAAGCCGGACCGUCUUUGUCAACAUGGUGGACCAUCCACCACCAUUCAUCCUCUGCCUAAUUUCUUCCUGGGCCGAGGAGGCGGUGUAGGCAUGCUUUUCGUCUUCACGAAUUCCCUAGGGAUGUAGUGUCAUACUGCGGUUCAUCUCCCGGUUACGAAAGGCUUUCUACUCUCUUCUCGGUGCCACCGUCAGUCUCUCCUGUCCGCCGGCCAAACUGAGCGGCUUAACCCAGGAGCUGGAAACCUGCCUACGCUGUGUUGUCUCCCUGGCCAAGCGGAGCAGCCACCUCGCCUGGGGAGGUAACACCCUGCCUGGCUUGUGAAUACAGUGAGGCCUUUCCUGGCGCUUCAUAGUCGUGGUUGUCAGAACCAGCGGAACUUGGAGGGGUACAGUCCUGAGGAGAGAUCGGGGUAAUAAUAUGGAUCCAGACCUCAUCCAGGACUUCCACCAAUGCCAUCCUGACCAGCCUGGGACAUGGGAUGCUGUCCCUUUGAGGUGGGGGGCACUGUCAUAUCCCGCCCCGCUCCGGUUAUGUUUUUCCUGGUGUAUUUCAUCUACUCAGUGUUUCCCGUUUUUAUUUUGUCAAUCUCCUGACGUUUCCUCAUCACUUUAGCGCCAUCUGUCGUUUGGUACCAGCUUAUCUGAAUUCUACUGCGCAUGUGUCAUUUCACUUCUGGAUUUUUUUUUGUUUUUCCGGUUAAACUUUGCUUCAUCUUUGCUGGUCCUCCUCGACCCGUCCUCUUCGCCGCGUCCCUGGCGAGCCUGCACUGCCGCGGUGGCGUUUUAAGGUGAAUGAAAACGGGCCGCGCGCGGAAGGCUGACCCGUUUUCGUUGCUAACGGCGACUCUGCGAUUUUUAGUCGUGUGUCUGCCCUCCGGCAUCCGCAUGAGUCGUGUCUUUGUCUACGGCACCCUGAAGAAAGGGCAGCCUAACCACUUCCGUAUGUUCGCCGGCACCAAUGGGAAAGCCGAGUUCCUCGCCUCGGCCGUCACCGCCGAGAAAUACCCGCUGGUCAUCGCCGGCAGACACAACAUUCCUUUCCUCCUCAACAUCCCCGGCCGGGGCCGCCGCGUCCACGGCGAGAUCUACCGCGUGGACGACGCGAUGCUGCGGUUCCUGGACGACUUUGAGGGCGUCCCCGCCAUGUACCAGCGGACCCUGGUCAAGCUGGAGGUGAAGGAGUCGGCGGGGCGGGCGCCGUCACCGGGAGACGUCACGGAGGCGUUCGUGUACAGCACGACCACGUACCAGCCGGACUGGCCCUCGCUGCCCACCCACGAGAGCUACGACGCGCAUGGGGAUCACGGGCUCGGGUACGUGGCCCGAGAGGGACGGGACUGACGCAGCUCGCCGCUGCGGGAGAACUCACCCGUGAAGUCCCAAGGAAAAUUACACUUGAAUAUAGGCUACGCGAGAUGUAGCUAAAGUAUCUGAAUAAUAUAUUUGACCUUAGGUAGUGGGUCUCAGAGCAGUAAAAGUAGGAAGGAAGGAUCUGAAGGACGGUAAAGGAUGCAGGUCGCAGCCUAAAUACGGUCCUAAGGAGGUUUUGCCUCCUGUUUACUUCAGAGCAUUAGCUGAUUAAAGGUCUCCUUAUUUUCAUGAUUUUAGAUCAACUAUGCACUAUAAAAAUCACACUAGAAAGCUUUUGUUAUACUGUAAUUCCUUCAAUAUGCACUGUAUCUUGAAAAUCAACCCUGUGAAUGAAGUCCAUUUAAUGGGGAUGAGUUAUGUACUUUCAGCUCUGUUUGAUCAGUUGAGCAAAAGUGCAACUUUUUUUUUUUUUUUAGAAGGAAACAAGCCUAAAUUGACCCGUUUGCUAAUACGUCCCUGUAACAUUUUAACACAUUAUGUUGUCAAUAAUAACAGUAUGAUUACUACGGUCUCAAUAUGUGAUUUAUUGCUGUAAAACUAAAAAGUCUGGUCAAGUUCUCUUGGAGAUUUUAAAGAUGGAGUGUGAGAUUUUUCAGCUUAAAGGAGUCAACGUCGCUUGUCUGUGCUUCUCGGAAUCACGGGGACAAAGACACUCAGGGAGGCAUUUUAAAAGGCCAGAGUUGUGUUUACUUACUUGAAUAGGUCCCAGGUCCCUUUGUAGGUUUUGUCCCUACAUUCCACUUCGCUUUUAUAUUUGAAUUUUUUUAAUGGUGUUCAUUUGUGUUGUGUUCUCAUCCCAUCAGGAGCUGUGUAACCAUGACAACCACAUUAAAACAAGAUCACU